CUUGCUACACACACAAUGUCAGCCUCAAGAGAAGUAUCAGAAGCCGCUCCUGCAACACAAGAGCCUGUCGCGAGUGGAAGCUCUGCACCUAUGGACCUCGAUGCUCCCGCAUCCGCCUCUGCAUCCGCCUCUGCAUCCACCUCUGCUCACGCUGAGACUUCUGCAGAGGGAGCUACCAGGAACGGAGGCGCUGCAGAAGGAGCAGAUGUAACAGCCACGCAGACCGCAGAGGGAGAUGCUGAGGGUCAAGAAGGAGAGGAAGGAGCUGAGGGCAGCGAGGGUGAAGGAGAGGAGUACGAAAUCGAGAAGAUUGUAGAGCACAGACCUGACAUCUAUGUCCACGGUGAGAUGGCUUACUAUGUCUCCUGGGUAGGCUACGACUCAGACGAGAACUCCUGGGUGCGCGAAGCAGACGCAGAGAAUGCCGAAGAGAUGCUCGCCGACUACUGGCGCAAGCAAAAGACGACGCCUAGGAUACGCACUAUCAGCAAGACGGCAGAACGGGUAUGGAAAGAGCAGCAAGAUGCUCAAGGCAAGAGUGGAGCUGCAGCAGGCAAGGAGCGAGGUGGGGUAGGAAAGCGGGAUCGAGAUACCGGGAGUUUGCUGCCGGCCUCGAAGAAGCAGAAGGAGGGACGCGCUCGUGCUCGACUGGCCGAUGACGAUUCAGACGACGAAGAUGAAGAUGUGGACCUCAGCACGCUCAGUCCGGCCGAGAGGGAAGCGAUCUUGAAGAAGAGGGUACGCCGGAAGUACGAGAGGCUGCCAGACUGGGAAAACGUGGUCAAGCAGAUCACCAACAUCGAAAGGCACGAAGAUGGCAGGCUGAUCGCAUUUGUCAAAUUCGAGGACGCUAGCCUCCUUGCCUUCGACACGGCUGUGAUCCACCAUCGCUGCCCUCAAAAGCUCAUUGCAUUCUACGAGACCCGGCUGCGCUUCCGGCCCGCCAACCGAGGAGCGACAGAAGCGUCUACCUCUGCUCCUGCUGCUGAGGGUAGCACUGCUACCAACGGAACCGGAUCGCACGCAAACGGAGAUGCUCAGCCACAAGCUGCUACAACGAAUGGAAAUGGUGGAGCACAGACGGGAGCAGCUGAAGAAGCGACGACUGCACCAGAGUCAAGCGCUCCGGCUGAGGGAACACCAGCUGAGGCUGCGCCAGCGGUAGAAGGUGCAGGAGUGACAGCGUGAGGUUGCGCACAGUUUCAGUGACCAUCUGCAUGUACAUUAGAAAAGACCGCAACGUUCGUCCCGGCAGAGCAGAGUUUGAGUCGCCGUAACUGCUUCAAUUUUAUCAUCUUGCAUAUACG